AUGCCCGCUCCCCCACCUCCGCGCGCCCCUCCUCCAGGACGCCCCACCGACCUGGUGCACCUGCCAGACCAGAUCUAUGCUUCAGCGCAAGCUGCACCGCCCAGAUGCGGCCCACCUCGGGCGAAUACCACCAGCCUCCUGGGCUGCCCGUUCCUGGGGACCACGGAAUGCGUCCUCCUCACACUGAUGGCCUUUGACCGCUACGUGGCCAUCCGCUGGCCCCUGCACCAUGACCCCUGCCUGAGCCAGCAGCUGGCGGCCACCACCUGGGCCACUGGCCUGGUGGAGUCAGCGGUCCUGACACCACCCCCUCUCCAUCUGCUCUUGUGUCCCCACGGGCAGGUGGCUGAUUUUUUGUGUGAGGUCCCGGCUCUGAUUGCACUGUCCCGCGGAAACGCCACUUACGGUGAGAUGCAGCUGGCUGUUGUGGUCCCUCACUGCCCCUGCCCGAGCAGUGCUCAGGUCAAGUCUGCCACAGGGUGGAAGAAAGCAUUGCGGAUGCACCCCUCCCACCUCGCGGUGGUCACCCUUUACGACUCAGUCAUUACUGUCUACCUGCAGCCCCCAAAUCCCGACGUUCAGCAAAGGGGCAAGUUGUCCAGUCUCUGCUAUGCGGCAGGCACUCCAGCACUUAACAACCCUCUUGUUCACACCCUGACGAACAGAGGGGUAAAGGGGGCACUUGGGAUGCUGCUUGGGAGGCACAGGGACCCAAGGGAGUGCUGA